AUGGUUCAGCAGGGACAGAUUGACCAUCUCUUGCAGGAGUCCGGGGAGAUCCCGCCUCCGCCCCACGUCGUCGAGCAGGCCACGAUGUCCGACUACGACGGCGUGUACGCCCGAUCCAUCGCAGACCCCGAGGGGUUCUGGGCCGAGGCCGCCGAGGAAUUGCACUGGUUCCGCAAGUGGGAUGACGUCUUCCAGUGGGACUAUCCCAACUUCCGCUGGUUCGUGGGCGGGCAGACCAACAUCGCGUACAACGCGCUGGAUCGCCACCUCAACACCGAGCGGCGUAACAAGGCGGCCCUGAUCUGGCUGGGCGAGGACGGCACCGAGCAGGUCUAUACCUACGCCCGCCUGGCGCAGCAGGUCAACCGCUUCGCCAACGGGCUGAAGUCCCUGGGCGUCGGCAAGGGCGACCGCGUCGUCAUCUACAUGCCGCUGACGCCGGAGGGCGCGAUCAGCAUGCUGGCCUGCGCCCGCAUCGGCGCCAUCCACAGCGUCGUCUACGCCGGCUUCAGCGUGGGCUCCUUGCGCGACCGCAUCCAGGACGCCGAUGCCAAGGCGCUGAUCACCGGCGACUACGGCUACCGCCGGGGCAACCGCGUCGACCUCAAGGGCAUCGCCGACGAGGCUGUAGUCGGCUGCGACCGCCUGGAGCACGUCAUCGUGUUCCGCCGCGAGCUGGCCCGCGAGGACCUGCGCGACGGCGAGACCGACUUCGACGAGCUGAUGGCCAACAACUCCAUCGACUGUCCCGCCGAGGUGAUGGACGCCGAGGACCCGCUUUACAUCCUCUACACCAGCGGCACCACCGGGACGCCCAAGGGCGUGGUCCACGUCCACGGCGGGUACAUGGUCGGCACCCACUACCACUUCAAGAACUUCUGGGACGUCAAGGACAAGGACGUCUUCUGGUGCAUGUCCGACAUCGGCUGGGUCGUCGGCCAUAGCUACAUCGUCUACGCGCCGCUGGUCGCCGGCGCCACCACCGUGUUCCGCGAGGGCGCGCCCGACUUCCCCCACAACGCCAUCUUCUACGAGGAGCCGGCCAGCCGCUACAACCUGCGCUCCCUGCGCUUCCUGACCUGCGCCGGCGAGCCGCUGAACCCCGAAGCCUUGCGCUGGGCCUACGAGCACAUCUGCGGCAGCGGCGAGUGGGCACACAUGGUCGACAACUGGUGGCAGACCGAGACCGGCGGCCCCUGCCUGGGCACCACCGCCACCAUGACCACCCGCCCCGGUCGCGUCGGCAAACCCCUGCCCGGCGCGGUGAUGGACAUCGUGGACCGGGAGGGGGAGCCCAUCGAGGAGCCGGACAAGGGCGGGUUCCUGGUGAUCCGUCGGCCGUUCCCGCACUUCUCUCGCACGGUGUGGGGCAACCCUGAUCGCUUCGCUGACACCUGGAACCAGAUCCCCGGCGUGUACUCCUCGGGCGACGUGGCCCUGCGCGACGCCGACGGCUACUACAUGGUGGUGGGCCGCGCCGACGACGUGCUGAACGUGGCGGGCCAUCGCAUCGGCUCCGCCGAGGUGGAGUCCGCCCUGGUGUCGCAUCCGGAAGUGGCGGAGGCGGCGGUCAUCGGCAAGCCCGACGAGCUGCGCGGCGAGGUCAUCAAGGGCUUCGUCACCCUGCGCAUGGGCAGCGAAGGCUCCGACCGCAUGGUCAAUGACCUCCAACUCCACGUGCGCCGCGAGCUGGGCCCCAUCGCCGUUCCCUCGGAGAUCGAGUUCACGCCCACGCUGCCCAAGACCCGCUCCGGCAAGAUCAUGCGCCGCCUGCUGAAGGCGCAGGAGCUGGGGCUGGAUCCGGGGGACAUAACGACGCUGGAGGAUUAG